AUGGCUAACCAUUCCUUGUCAAAUCGAUCGUCUAUAUCGGAUUUCGUUAAGGAUUCAGCUCCGUCACCGUCGUCGCAGCCGUCAUCGGGUGACGCAGAGUCUCCGCUGCCCUCGACGUCCCCACCAUCGCCGCCUUCAUCGUCGUCGCCGUUAACUUCACCACCAUCACCGUCAACGUUACCACGGCCCCCAGAAAAUUCUUCUCCUCCACGGACAACACCUCCGCCGGAGCCGAAAGAAUCUCCUCCGCCGGAGCCGGAAGAAUUUCCUCCGCCUGCGACAGCGAAGAAGGCGAAGAAGACGAAGAAGGCGAAAUCUCCCCCACCUACUCCGUCUUAUUCUCCGCCACCAACUCAUUUUACUUCUCCACCACCACCAACGCCUUCUACUACUCCACCACCACCAACUCCUUCUACUUCUCCACCACCAACUCCUUCCACUUCUCCACCACCACCAACUCCUUCCACUUCUCUACCACCAACUCCUUCUACUUCUCUACCACCAACUCCUACUUCUCUACCACCAACUCCUUCGAAUUCUCUACCGCCAACUCUUUCUACUUCUCCACCACCUCUCCCUUCUCCGUCGCCACCACCGCCAGAUCAAUCUUCUCCCCCGCCAACAAAAUCUCCACCGUCUCCGCCUCCUCCGUCAACUCCCCCACCAUCACAGAGUUCAGCUCCAAAACCUUCUCCGUCGGCGCCGCCGCUUUUACAACCGCUACCAUCACCGCCACCUUCACAACCGCUACCAUCACCGCCGCUUUCACAACGGCCACCAACGUCGCCACCUCCACCAAAUUUACCUCCACCAAUAACUAACGCCCCUCUUCCUCAGUCCCCUCCGCCUCCGCUUCCGCCUCCGCCUCCGCCUCCGCUUCCGCCUCCGCCUCCGCCUCCAACUGAAACUGCAACUCCACCUUCACCGGUGCCGCAACCAGUUUUUUAUAUUACUCCGCCGGCGCCGCCGACAGCUUCAACGCCAAAAUACCCUUUUCCACUGCGAUCAUCACCAGUAUUACCACCGGGAUCACUACCAGGAUUAUCACCGGGAUCACUACCAGAAUUACCCCCGAUCUUCCAACCAAAACCAAGAGAUACUCUCCCGAAGAGCAAGACUCGGACGGCGUCACCAACUUCCUCCGGUAAUAAUACAGGAGAAAUUGUUGGUCUUACUCUCGCCGGGGUUUUCAUCAUUGCAUUUCUUGGUCUAGUUAUUUUCUUUAUAUUCAGGAGGAGGGAUAGCCGAGUGAACAACUAUGGCUUGCCACCCCCUGGGAAAUCUCAAAUGAAAGGAGUUGUAGCAGCAGGAGAUGUGCAUUACUAUGUAGAGGAGCCUGGUUUUGGGAAUGGUGUACAACAAGGUGACAUAAAUUUUAGAUCUAGUCCAGAUCCGACUCAGCCCAUGAACACUGGUAAGUUAGUUUUUACCUACGAAAAGGUUGCGGAGAUCACUAACGGGUUUUCCAGCGAAAACAUAAUAGGGGAGGGGGGAUUUGGGUAUGUUUACAAGGCUUCCAUGCCUGAUGGCAGAAUGGGGGCGAUUAAGAUGUUGAAGGCUGGUAGUGGGCAGGGAGAAAGGGAGUUCAGGGCUGAGGUUGAUAUUAUCAGCAGAAUCCAUCAUCGACAUUUGGUUUCACUUAUUGGUUAUUGCAUAGCAGAGCAACAAAGAUUGCUUAUCUAUGAGUUCGUUCCUAAUGGGAAUCUCAAUCAGCACUUGCAUGGUAACUCAUUCUCACCUGCUUAUUAUUGCUUGUUUGUGCCUGCCCUGCUCCUCACAGGAAGUGAAUUGCCAAAUUUGGAUUGGUCCAAGAGGAAGAGGAUAGCAAUUGGUGCUGCAAGGGGCCUGUCAUAUCUUCAUGAUGGAUGUAAUCCAAGGAUUAUUCACAGAGAUAUUAAAUCGGCAAACAUACUUUUGGAUAAUGCUUACGAGGCACAGGUUGCGGACUUCGGGCUUGCAAGGCUAAACGACGAUGGUAAUACUCAUGUAUCAACUAGGGUGAUGGGGACCUUUGGGUACAUGGCUCCGGAGUAUGCUACAAGUGGAAAAUUAACGGAUAGAUCAGAUGUUUUCUCUUUUGGAGUUGUUCUCCUUGAGCUUGUAACUGGAAGGAAACCUGUUGAUCCAAUGCAGCCCUUUGGAGAGGAGAGUUUGGUUGAGUGGGCUCGUCCACAUCUCCUCCGUGCAGUUGAGACAAGAGACUUUAGUGAACUAGUAGACCCUAGGCUUGAACAACAAUACAUUGACAAUGAAAUGUUCAAAAUGAUUGAGGCGGCUGCAGCAUGUGUUCGCCAUUCUGCUCUAAAACGACCUCGUAUGGUUCAGGUGGUAAGAGCCUUAGACAUCGGUGAUGAACUAAACGAUCUAUCAAAUGGGGUGAAAUAUGGUCACAGCGCUGUUUAUGAUUCUGGCCAGUAUAACGAAGACGUUAUAAGAUUCAGAAGGAUGGUUAAUGGAACCUUUGAUGAUUCUGAGUUUGAUAAGUUCAGCUUGUAA